AUGGCGAAGCAUGAUGGGAAGGCGGUGGCUCGGCCUGGAGAAGUGCGGAUGGAGAAGCGGGUGCGAGGAUCCAUUGAGAAGGGCGUUGCGGAGAAAUGCCCCCGUCUGGAGAACGGUGGGAGGUUGGAGGGUGGCUCGAGAUUGAGUCGGAGUGCCCGUCUGGAGGUGUCGGAGAUGUCGAGGUCGGCUGGGGAGACUCGAUGGUCAUUACCGGAACGGCGAGACAACAGUGCAGUGAUACGACUGGCGGAUUCUGUUUUACUUGAUCUGAUGGCGACCGGCAUGACGGAAAGCAAUGUAUAUAAUGUGCGUGCAAUGAUAAAGGAUUAUAAUCUAAAAAUUUUCCUAAGGGAUGGACUUGAAGAGGUACAGUAUACUGAUUGGUGUGAACGUAUUCGACAGUGUUGCGCGAUUGAUCAAAAAGUCAUAACAGAAUUUCUGGAACAACUAAUCCUCAUGGCUAGAGACUUAACAGACGAUGACAUAUACCCACCAGUCUUAACUCAGAGUUCCGCACGCAUCUGUCUUGAUCAUGGACUGUACUUCCCGCACAAGGAAAAACUCUACAAGUACUUCAUCCGAGUCAUCCGACAACAACCUGUAGGAGUCAAAUUGCCCCAUUGCACACACGAAUACUCUUUUCUAAAGGCGCUCUUGUCUAAACAUCCGGACGCCAACCAAUUCAUUCACAACCUACAUGACAUGGAAAUCGCUUUGGAUCAUAACAACAUCCGGUUCCUGAAAAUACACUACCUUGUACCCAAACAUCAUCCGUAUGGUGGAUCAGGUUAUGGUGGUGGAUCAGGUUAUGGUGGGGGAUCGACACCAGAUGAAAUGGUAUCGGAGUCCCGCUUAAUUUCCAUAUCUCGCUGCAUGGAUAUGAUUCAAGACCCAGUCUUGGAUCCUGCAAGAUACAAAUUGAUUAAUUUGCUCUAUACCUUCUACUCUAGUUAUCAACCGGAUUUGAGUGCUACGCUGUUCGUGGAUCUUAUCAAAAAAAAUGCUCCCUGUCCUUUCUUUCAGUAUCGUUCUGAAAAGGCGGCUAUCCGGGUCAAAUAUACGGUUGAUCUCAUUGUCAAUUAUAUAAGGUGUAUUAUUGAAUUGAUGAAGCUAUGUAGAUUGAACCCUGGGCGUGGUAGUUCGAGUGGUGAGUCGUGCGUGGUGAGUCGAGAGUCUUUAGAGAGCUACUGUUUAUAUCGCGGACUUCAAUCAUGGCUUUUUAAUUACUUGCAUCAAAUUGAAUUUGAAAGACCGGAAAUUGAAGCAGCUGAAGAAAAUAUUGAUAUAGAUGAGUAUAAUCUAUGGUUGAAGGAACAAGCGGAUGAAUUCAGUCGAUUACUAAUACAGAAAAAGAAUCAAUUAACGACACGACAGAUUCGUGAUGCCCGUCAACUUCUAACUGAUGAGUCAGUACUCAAACGAAAGUAUCUGGAACUUAGGACAGAAGAGGAAAUUGGGCCUGUAAAAUAUAAAUUGGACCAAGUAUUAACCCUGACAUUAAACUUUCUCCAACAAGAAUUUCAUAGACUGCGAGAAAUGAAGAUCCAACAAACACACUUAAGAAAUACUUGUCCAUAUGAUCAACUAGUAUUUGAUGACCAAUCUGGCAGAACAAGAAUAAGGUCUUUCGGAUUGGUUCGGAAAGACACGCGUCAAGAAGAAAUUGUCAAUAUUAAAUAUGUCAAUGCCAGUCAGUUCUGGUUUCAUCAUAUCCUUCAAGAUUUCAGGGAUUGCUGUUUAGGACAUCAUGAAAGUCCACUAAUACCCUUACUUAUAUUCGGUCUUAUACAUUCCUCUGAUAGUGUGUACAAUCUUGUUUCCAUGGAAUUUCUACAUCUCCUAAGAUCAGUAUAUGUAUUGUCUAAGGAUGGUAGUAUUCAGAGUCAGGAUCGUAAUAUUCGAAGUCAGGAUCAUAAUAUUCGGAGUCAGGAUCAUAAUAUUCGGAGUCAGGAUCAUAAUAUUCAGAGUCAGGAAUUGCAUAAUGAUUUAAGUCGACAGCCACGAGAAUUGCAAUGCAGAGAAAUGGAGGAAACUGACGUGGAUCAGGAGGAUGGUCAUCCAAGAAAAGAACAUGAGAAAAUAAACCCAGUUGCGAACGUGCGCGAAAAGUGUGUUCGAUUCCUCGUUUCUUUCGGCGAACGGUCUCAGUAUAUAUCUGUUAUGACAAUUGAGGAUAUUCUUAGCUUCUUAGCAGUUAGCUUGUUGAAAGAAAUCCGUCGUGGCGUGACUGAGGAGAAUAUCCUGCUUUGUGCAACCUUAUUCAGUGGUUGUCUAGAAAUCCUUAUUGCUCGUUGGAGCGAUAUUAGUAACGAAGCGGAGACGAGAAGAUUAAUACGACUAAUGUGCCUUUUGGCCUUUUCCGAUGAAGUUACCCAUGACGGUCUGAUAUCUAAGAUAAGAUGUCUGGUAGCGAAAACGGCUGCCGAAAAAUUCUCCACCACGUUCGAUUUCUCAUAUUCUCCACCUCUCGUCGGCUUUAUCAAGAAACUAGUUGCAAAGGGCAAAGGCUUACUUGAGCAAUCAGCGACAGCAAACAAAUCACUAUUUGCCCUUGAAGGGGAGUGGCCCGUGCGACCGUUUGAUAGAACCUACCUUCGGGAAUUCGGACCGCGUAUAUGCAAAACUGGGUGGCUGGAUUGCUGGGCUCUUGAACCACACCACGCUACCGAACCUCUUCACCAGGUUAGUGACCCUCCACUCGAAAUCGGGCGCACCAUGUGGAGUGAAGAGUGGAGUGCCAUCAGUGGCGGAGCGUAUGUCGUCUUCAGCACCCGACGUCCCACUGACGACCAAGCCUCAUCAACAUCGUCUCAAUCUGCUGAUGUGGCCAGUGCGAUAGGUGAUACGGCUCUGGACACCCCACCCUCUGGUCUAAAGGUCACCUCUGCAGACGACGCUAAAAAGGCGAAGGAUGAACAUUUCGAAUACUCUGAUGGUUCAAUAUCGAGCUAUGAGGACGUUGUGGUGCACAAUACAGCACCGUCGUCGGCUCCAGCUAUGGGAGACACGGAAUUGUGGAACGAGAACGUGAAGCAAGUUCUGAAUCUCCAAUUCCCUGUGGUUAAUAACAACCAUGUGGUUAAUAACAACCCUGUGGUUAAUAACAACCGUCAUAACUCGACAUUGUUCACACAUAUCGGUGCGGCGUCUGGUGGCUCCACGCGUGGACCGGCGACACUGGAUUCUAUUGCAGCGAAGCUGGUGACGUGUGUUAUGGAAUCAAAUGCGGCACUUAUGUCCGCUCUGAUGGCGGGGGCGAGAUAG